AUGUCAGUCCUGCUGGCCCUGCUCCUGGGGGCUGCACUCUGCCCCCGUGUCCUCAAUCUCCCAAAGGGCACCACCGAGCUGGAGAUGGUGACCCAGGUGGACAGCGACAACAGCACCCUGGUGGGUGUCCUCAGUCUAGCCCGCAGCAACACCGACUUUGCCUUCAGCCUCUACAAGCUCUUGGCUGCCCAGAGUCCAGGAUCCAACGUGAUCUUCUCCCCAUUCAGCGUCUCCAUGGCCUUGGCCUUCCUGGCACUGGGGGCCUGUGGUUCCACCCAGACCGAGAUCCUAGAGGGCCUCAAGUUCAACCUCACUGAGACCCCCGAGGCCGACAUCCGCCGGGGCUUCCAGCAGCUACUGAGACACCUGAGCCGGCCCGGGAUGCCCCUGCAGCUGAACGUGAACACGGCCAUGUUCCUGGACCAGCAGUUGGACCUGCAGGAGAACUUCCAGCAGGAGGCCCAGGCGUUGUAUGCUGAUGCUUUCUCCACAAACUUCAAGGAUGCCGCUGUGGCAGAGAAGCUCAUCAACAACUAUGUGGAGCAGAAAACCCAGGGGAAGAUCAAGGAGUUGGUCAAGGACCUGGACACAGAGAUCAGGAUGGUCUUGGUGAACUGUCUCUUCCAUAAAGCCCAGUGGAAGACGCCCUUUGACCCCCACGACACCUACCAGUCAAAUUUCCUUGUGAGCGAGAGCAGGAAGGUGAAGGUAUCCAUGAUGAGGGCUGAGGACAUCCGGGUAUCCUACUUCCGGGACGAGGUGCUUGACUGCACCGUGGUGCAGCUCCCGUACAGGGACAGCAGCGCCUGUGCCCUCCUCGUCCUCCCUGACUACGGUCACAUGACCAAAGUGGUCCAACUGCUCCCGGGCACACUCCAACGCUGGAGGGACUCGCUGAAGAUGAGAACCAUCACCCUGCACCUGCCCAAGUUCUCCAUCUCCGGGAACUACGACCUGGAGCAAGUCCUGAUGGAGCUGAGCCUCAGCAGCAUCUUCUCCAAGCAGGCGGAUUUCUCAGGCCUCACCCAGGCUGAGAAGCUACACGUCUCCCAGGUGGUCCACAAGGCUGUGCUGGAUGUUGCGGAGGAAGGCUCUGAAGCAGCAGCAGCCACAGGAAUCAAAUUCUAUCCUCUCUCCGCAAGGUGGUAUAAUACAGUUGUGAACUUUGACAGGCCCUUCCUUGUGGUCCUCCUCUCUGAGGACACACAGAGCAUCCUCUUCCUGGGCAAAGUGGCAGACCCCCAGCAGGCUCCCACUCCCACUGAAAUGGGUCCUGGCCUAAGAAUUCAGCCCUGCCCCAGCCUCAUGGAGCUCUGGCUCCUUCUGAACCUGAUAUUCCUGUGCCACCUGGUGGCCGCCCCCAUGACCACAAAGCUAGGAGGAAUAACCUCCCGGAGGGCACCAUGGAACCGGAUGACCCGGACAGACAGGGACAACAGCGUAACGGUGGGUGUCCUCAGUCUAGCCAGCAGCAACACUGACUUCGCCUUCAGCCUCUACAAGUUCUUGUUUGCACAGAGUCUCAGGUCCAACGUCAUCUUCUCCCCGCUCAGUAUCUCCAUGGCCUUGGCCUUCCUGGCAUUGGAACUCCAGGAUCCCGCGGCUGCCGAGGAGCUCAUCAAUGACUAUGUAGAGCAGAAAACCCAGGGGAAGACCAAGGAGGGGGUCAAGAGCUUGGAUGAAGAGACCCGGAUGGUCUUGACAAAUUUCCUUGUGAGCGAGAGCAGAAAGGUGAAGGUGAUGAGCGCUGAAGACAUCCGGGUGCCCUACUUCCGGGACGAGGUGCUUGACUGCACUGUGGUGCAGCUCCUGUACAAGGAUAGCAGCGCCUGUGUCCUCCUCGUCCUCCCUGACUAUGGUCACGUGGCCAAGGUCGAGGCCACACUCCGGACCCCCUUCAGCAUCAACAAUGGGACCCCUGAGUGGGUGCAGCAGUGUGGUCGGGGGCUCCCAGGCUCUGGUAUCAGCCCAACCCUGGGAAUCAUCACCCUGAACCUGCCGAAGUUCUCCAUCUCCGGGGACUACGACCUGAAGCAAGUGGUCCACAAGGCCAUGCUGGACAUGACCGAGAAUGGCACUAAAAACGCUCCCUUCCGGGGAAAGUUCCACCCUCUUACUCCAAAACCACUGGAGAUUAUGAACUUCAACAGGCCCUUCAUGGUGGUCAUCAUCUCUGAGGACACACAGGACAUCCUCUUACUGGGUAAAGUGGUAAACCUCAAGAAGGCCUGA